AUGGCGGAACUAGUGGAGAAUAAAACUACAAGUUUAGUAAGUACAAAACAAAACGAUAUUGCGUGCGGUGCCAAUUCUAACAUUGCUUUGAUAAAUAUUGACAAAAUAACAGCAAGUAGUGAAGAAUUUGGUGACAAUGAUAAUAAUAUUGAGGAAAAGGGGAUAAAUGGUUGUAUAAUUAUAAAUAAUGUAGAGGAGAGUAGUCUUAGAAGUAUAAUUGACAAUGAACUCGCAUUGAUCCGGUUGAAAAAUGAACUUGAACAAGAGAAUAAGAAAAUGUUGAUUGAUGAGGAGCAGGAGCAACUGACGAAUCACCAUCAUCAAUUGGAGCUUUCUUCCCAGCUAUGCCAAGAUCUGCCGGGCAUAAACAACAGCCGACUCAUCAUAGAAACAGAUAUUGAGGAGUCCAACGGUAACUUCAGCCAAAAUCUUCUAAAUAAUUCAGGUGAAAUCCACGAGCGUGCUCUGGGGAGUAAUAUUAAGCUUGUUGAUCAUCAGAGUUAUCAAGAUAACAAUAAUGAUGUCGCGGCUGCUACUGCUGCUGCUUGUGAUGCUGCUGGUACAGAUUUAGAUCCAGAACCGACUGCCCUGAAUACUUUAAUUGAUUUUCUCGAGGAUAGAGGGAAGAAAAGUGAACUUUUGGCAGAGGAUUUGAAAAAUGCGGAAGAAUCUUUACCAGAGCAUUCUGUUUUUAAGGAAAGUUGCAUGAAAAAAAACGUCAGUGAAUUUCUCGUUAAUGAGAGCGAGAAUGGAUUUUCAGUGGAUUUUCCGUCACUAGAUCUUUAUUCUAGCGGCUGGCAAGAUUCAGCCAGGUUUAUCUUUAACGAGCAAUUAUCAGCGACUAAUGAUAACAAAGAUAUUAUUAUUAAGAAGAAAACUGAAGAAAAAAAUAUCGAUGGUGAUUCUUCAGUUAAGAAUUGUUCAAAUAUUGAAGAUGAUAUUCUCACGGAAACUUGUUUAUCUAGACAAGAUCCUAUUGAGAGUACAAUAAUAAAAAAUAAUUGCUAUGAAGAUUUAUUAAUAGAGUUUGGUAGCAGUUGCAACAGCAGAGAGACUGGUAGUAGUCUUUAUCGAGAAAAUAGUAAUGAGGAAUCAUUGACCGGCUGCAGCCGCCAACAGAAGCAACAAGUAAAAAAUUCUUUACUGCUGACUGAAUUAAAUCAUUUUAAUGCCAUUGAUUCACCAGAACCCGGCGAGGACGAGGAUGAGGAGCUGGUUACUACCGAGCCAGACUCUAAGAUAAUGUCCGAUAUAAAUUUAACUGGAUCCAAAGAUAUUGUUCUUCCCGACAGCGAUAAUUGUCAAUCUGACCAUUCCGAGUUAAUCAUUGUCAGCGACUCGCCUAAGAAGACUAACGAUCUUAUUAUUAACAAUGACAAUAUUAAUACUGAUGAACUUACUAAUAAUUUAGGUGUUUGUGAGAGCAUGUCUAUUUCUUCUCUAUUAGACCCACCACCAGUUUGCCGAAAUAUAUUUGAUGACAAUUUAACAAAUGCAUGCAGUACCGAGAGUUCAGAGGAGGUGAUAACAACCAGCACAAUAACCUCCACGACAACUAAAAGUUCGGCUAAAAUAAAAAAGAAAAAGAUCGAGGGUGUCAUUGGUAAUAGCGACGUUACGUCCCAGUCUCCACCUCAGUCAUCAAUCAGCGCGACGCGCACUAAAAAAACUAAAAAGAGCAAAAAAAAGAGCGACCUCGAAAAGGAAAACAUUUCAGUGAAUAUUAAUACUGGAGACUCAAGCAUGCACAACAAUAAUAGCCACCAUAAUUACCGCAAUUCCGUGUCCGCGGAGGAGUGUAUUUUAGACCAGGAUGAUUUUUCAAACGUUAACGUCAAAACUCUAACACAAUGUUACACAUUGGAAAGUACUAAGUGCAAAGAGCUGACGAAAUUCAAUAAGGAAACAAUCGAGACCGGAGUAUCCAUUAAACAGUUGAAGUCGAGUUUCAACAAGUUUGACGCCCUAACUAAAAAAUCAGUACUGCACACCCGGUCUUCAACUGACACGGCGGGACAAAAUGGUGGGUGUGAUGCAAACCCGAAUUGCCGCAGCUGUGGCAAGGUUGUGUUUCAAAUGGAGCAGACAAAGGCCGAGGGUUUAAUAUGGCAUAAAAAUUGCUUCCGAUGCAUUCAGUGCAGCAAGCAACUUAAUGUCGACAAUUACGAAAGCCAUGAGUGUACGCUCUACUGCAAACCACAUUUUAAGGAGUUAUUUCAACCGAAACCUGUCGACGACUCGAAUCGCUCUCUAUGUCCGCAAAAACCGGAGAUGAUUAUUCGAGAGAACCAUCCUAAAGAAUUACCACCUGACGUUGUUAGAGCUUCUGAUAAACCGGAUCUUGGACUAGAAGAGCUGUCAUCACUUAACGUUAAAUCACGCUUUCAAGUAUUUGAGAAAUCAUCAACGAACGAGCAAAUGAAUGACAUUGAAAAGUCCGCUUCACAGAUAUCUGUCAAGAGAUCACCGAGUAUUCUCAGUAAACUUGCUAAAUUUCAAGCUAAAGGAAUGGAUAUUGGAGUGGCUGAUGAAUCAUUGAACGGGAUACCGUAUGAAGAGUCAAGUGAAAGUGAAGAAGAGGAAGAAAAUGAAGAAGACGAGGAGGGUGAUGCAGACAUAGUUAAAUCGAAAAAAUCAAUACGCGAACGUCCGAUAAGUUUUACUAAAAUGGACGACAUGAAAAAUCGAUGGGAAGUGACGAGUCAACAAGGCAGACGUGAAUCACAGCGUGAAGCACGCAAAGAAGAAAUUGCCGGCAUACGUUCAAGGCUCUUUAUGGGUAAGCAGGGUAAAAUGAAAGAACUCUACCAGCAAGCAGUGGCUACCAGCGAGCGUGUCACAAAGAUAAAUCCUGCUGAAGAGUUCCAGUGCACACCAGCUCACGCACGUUCAAUAAAAGAAAAAUUCGAACGUGGCGAGCCGAUAACUUCUUCGAAUGAGGAUGAAGCUGAUAGUAACAGCACAAGCAAUAAAAUAAAACAGGAAAAACCAGACGAAGAUGUUAUUGCAGCUGGUAUAAGUAGAAAAUCUCGGAGUUUAUUUUUGGAAUUGGAUGCAUCUGCGGCCAAAAGCGGAAGACCAAUGACACCCGCAGCAGCACCAGCCAAUUCAAAGUCUCUCACUGACGCUCCAAGACGCGCUAGAGAUAUAUUUAUGGGACGUCAGGUACGAGCAGACGAUGUGGUUCGUAGUACAGAUACUACCGAAGAAAUUCACGUCGAGACAUCCGACAUCUCAAAUAAAUUUAAAUUUUUUGAGACGUAUAAAGAACCGGAGAAAGAAAGAAAGCAGUUCAGAAUAACGCCACCACGUGAUGGACAAGUUAAGGUGAAUUCACCGGAACGUGAAAUUUAUCGGGAUCCGGAUGUAAUACGAGCGGACGACAAAGUAGACCAGCUAGUUCAUACAGACACGACAAAAAAAAUGCUCUCCAUAUUCAGGCAGAUGGAGGAGAAGGCCACGAAAGAAGAUGUACCUGAUGGACCAAAGCCGCUGAAGCGUUUCACACCGCCGCCGGAGGAUAAGUAUGCUAAGCUGACUGCUUCUGACACCGACGAGGAAGAGGACGGCGAGGAGGAGGAGGAAGAUGGAAACGAGGAUAUCACUGAGGAGGAAAGAAGAAAUCCUAACUACGUUCGGGCUUCCGAUAAGAUGGAGGAUGAAUUUUUAAAAAAUGCACAAAAUGCAGCCAACGCUAAAACACUUCGUGCCAAGUUCGAGCAGUGGGAAGUUAAUGACAAAAAAAUCAACAAUCAUAGCACCACAAUUGUCGAUGAAAUGGAGUUAAUAAAAGCGACUAACGGCGAUGGAGAGCAGACUAGCAUAGAAUCAACAAGAAGUCUCAAAGCAAGAUUUGAGUCUUUGGGUACUCAGCAAGUAACCGAGUCUCCACGUGCGCCUAAAGUCAAGGUCAACAGAUUCGUGGGAAUACCAACGACAGUUGACAUAGAUAUUUGCGAGAGCUGCCAGAAGAAGGUCUACCCUUUGGAAAAAAUAGAAACUAACAACAAGAUUUUUCACAAGCAGUGCUUCAGGUGUUUGCAGUGCAAUUGCAUCCUCAGAAUGGACUCAUUUACUCUCAAUAACGGCAAGCUCUACUGUAUUCCUCACUUUAAACAACUGUUCAUUGUCCGAGGCAAUUACGAAGAAGGCUUCGGUAUAGAUCAGCAUAAAAACAAAUGGAUUAGCAACGGGGCCUUAGAUAUAUCUCCUCAAAACACAACAUCAUCUCCGAUUAUUAUAGACUCAUAACCAUAAUACACAUUAGCGUUUACAUUCAUACUGAAUUAAAAAUUUUUUUAAUUUUUAUAAAAAUUAAUUUAUAAUAAAAAAUAUUUUUAAAAAUCCACAUGUAGAAAUUU